AUGCCUGUGUACGACGUUAGUAUUGCACUUUUAGGCUCCGAUCUCGAAAGACGCGUCCGCCAACACGCUGGCGCCAAAGAAUCAGCUUGGGCGAAAGCUGGUAUCAAACCUGGUUUUCAAAUAUGGAGGGUAGAGAACUUUGCGAUUGUUGAUUGUAGCGACUGGGUGGAACACGAGAAGAAAUAUGGGACUUUCUAUGACGGCGAUUCGUAUAUUGUUUUGCAUACGUACCAGCCUGAUGGCAAGAAGGACACCCCGCUCCGAUACGAUCUGCAUUUUUGGCAAGGAGAAGAUACGACUCUGGAUCAAGCUGCCACAGCUGCAUUCAAGGCUGCUGAACUCGAGGAACACCUCGGAGGCAACGUGACACAAUACCGCGAGAUCCAAAACUACGAAUCCCCUCGAUACUUAUCCUAUUUCCCCCACUUCAUGAUCUUGCAUGGGGGCGUAUCGACGGGGUUCCAUAGCGUCCUCACCAUGUUGCCUGAAGAUGCAAAGAAGAUGUACACAAUGGUCACGACGCGUGGUAAGGUGCUCAAGACACGGUCAGAGGACGGGAAACAGCUUAUAGUGCGCGAAAUACCUCUCGAGGGGUUGGUUAUGCGCCAGGCGAUCGUCUACGUACUCGACAAAGGCCCACUCUAUUGGCAAUUUAACACCAAGAAGAGUACCGCUUGGGCGAGGUACAAAGCAGCUGAAUAUAUGAUGUACUUGGGACAAUGGAGGGUUCCUCAGGCUAAAUUUCAAGUGUUUGAUGAGGGGACUUCGGACCAAGCAGAGUUCCUUGCGGCAGCGGGAGUCACUUCUCCUGUAUUGGACGUACCGUUAGAGACUCCGGUCGAGCCCCCGGCAUUAUACCGACUGAACGGAGACGUCGAUGGCUGGCAGGUCGUUGCUGUUGCUGUACAGAGAACUUCACUUCAGUCUGAUGGUAUCUAUAUCUUGGACGACCAUGCACUCCCGGCGGUCUACACCUGGCUAGGGAAGAAUGUACCAGGGCCCCGACGAAGACUUGCACUGCAGUAUGCUCAAAAUUACUUGAAUGAUAAACGUACCAAGGAGGGAGAGCAUGUGCAAGUAGCAACUACUUUGGUGAAGGUUAAUGAAGAAGCAGAGCCAGCUUCAUUUUUGGAGGUAUUGGAUACGAAAACCGAGGGAGUGCCCUGA